UGGCGAGCCUGGAGUUGUGUGGCAGCUUGAACUCUGCUCAAACUACACAAAAUUCCAGUCAUCCUCUCAGAGAUCCAGUGCUCCUUCAGAAUGGCAUCAAAGUCCAAAGGGGCGUCUUCCGGGUAGCCCACCGACCACGAGGGCCCGUGCCUUAGACAUGCAGGCGUGGGCGGCCGCCUUCCUGACGCUAUGCACGUGGAUACGGGCCGACGUUUCCCCAGGACAGCGCACGUGUCCUCCGGGUCUCCGCAGUCAGGUCGACUUCUCGGUCAAAUACCAGCUGCCCCAUUUCCAAACGGUGCACCCCAUACAGAACGUGGCGGCCAACCCGCUCACUCCAGAGGUAUACGUCGGCUCGCGGAACAUAGUGGAGGCGCUGGACGACGAGCUGAGCAAAUUAUGGGAGGUGAAAACAGGGCCGGUGGGGAGUCCGGAAUGUAAAACCUGCCACCUGUGCAACAUUGAAGUAGAUCCCAGCGAUCCGGUGGAUACGGACAAUGUGGUGCUGAUCUUGGAUGCGGCGCUGGCUUUCCUGCCCUACCUGUACGUAUGUGGCAGUACGCAACACGGCAUCUGUUUCUUCAUCGACAUCGAGGCCAUGCCGCCAGAGCCUCUGUGUUUGUACAAAGAAAAGCAAAACUCCCCCUCGUACUGCCCGGACUGUCUGGCCAGUCCGCUGGGCACCAAGGUCACCAUUGUGGAACAGGCGGCCACGUCCUACUUCUUCGUGGCGGCCUCUGUUAAUGACAAAGUAGUACAGAAGUUCCCCCGCAGGUCGGUUUCCGUGGUGAGGCCGCUCUCGACCGAAGACGGAUUCCAAAUGGUGAUGGAGGGCCUUACGGUGCUGCCCCACCUGAGGGACUCGUACAGCGUCGAUUACAUCUACAGCUUCUCCACCCGCGACUUUGUCUAUUUCCUCUCCCUGCAGAGGGAGAACCCCUCCAAGGACGAUUCAGCAUUUCAGACCCGUUUAGGGCGGCUGCCCGUGGGGACUCACGAGGUGUGGACAUACCGGGAGCUGGUGCUGGAGUGCAGGUACGAGCCCAAGAGGCGGCGAAGGGAGCCCUUCAGGGACAUUGUGUACAACGGACUCAUUGCGGCUUACUUCGGCCGUGUGGGAAAGGAUCUGGCUACUGAGCUGAGGGUGGACGAGACCGAGGAAGUCCUCUACGGUGUGUUUGAGCAGGUGAGCGUGGCGGGAGAACCCCAAAAGAACUCGGCCCUGUGCGCCUUCUCCUUGAGCGACGUCAACAGCAAGAUUGACAAAGGCGUCGAAGACUGCUGCAGGUCCGGACAGGAACAAUUAUCCAGAGGAUUGUGUCACUUUCAGACAUGCGAGAACUGCCCACAUGAGUCAGGGAACGACAAUUGCACUGACAAACCCACGCUGGUGUCAAAACCGUACUACAGAAUAGACCUCUUCAACCGGCAAAUGAGGGAUGUCCUCUUCACGUCCAUCCUGGUUACCAUUAAUGGGAGACAAACCCUGGGCCACUUCGGGACUUCGGACGGAAGAAUUCUACAGGUCAUUCUUACAUUGGACACACCCUUCAUUUUUGCCAACUACUCUCUCGGGGACAUGCCAAUAUCAAGGACAGCAACUGUGUACAAUGAUGACUUGCUUCUUUUUGUGGCUAGAAAUCAGUUGUUUAAGGUGCCGACCAUAGGACCGGGCUGUACACAUUUUGUGACGUGCUCUAUGUGUUUGACGGCUCCGCGCUUCAUGAACUGCGGCUGGUGCUCAGGAAUCUGCUCGAGGCAAGAUGAGUGCGCCUCGCUGUGGAAUAAACAUUCUUGUGCGCCAGUCAUAACAGAGUUUUACCCCAAGACAGCACCAGCUGGUGGGGAAACCGAGCUGACACUUUGCGGCAGAGAGUUUCAAGCUCCUCUGAGACGCCCCAUCAUCAACGGUGUCACCCACACUGUCACUGUGGGCUCAGGGACAUUGUGUACAGUCCUCCCUGACAAAAGUAGAAGCCAAGUGCUGGUAUGCAAGCUGAAGAAGAAAGUGUCAAACCACAAUCUGACAAUCACACUGGACGUGCACGAGGGGAACACGAGGGCCGAGUACACCAUCGAAGGCACAGCUCGGGUGUCUGGCUUCUCUAUUGUGGAGCCCGACAUAAUACAAAUUAGACCUGAGCAUGGCCCUGUUUAUGGCGGUACGCUGGUCACACUGACGGGCCACAACCUUGAUUCUGGGAUGCAGAGAGAAGCCUUCAUAGCAGAAAAAAAGUGUCACAUUGAAAGUGUUUCUCUGGAAGGAAGUGGGAAUUGGUCUUCAAUUGUGUGCCUCACCGCGGCUGCGACAAACGUUGGGAGUGUUCCCAUCAAAGUCGUCAUCGACAACUUCGAAGUCACCACCACUAAGACAUUCAUCUAUAAGAAAAACCCUGUUAUAACCUCUGUGUAUCCUGACUGCAGUUUCGGCAGUGGCUCCAAGUUGGUGAUCAUGGGUCAGAAUCUUGACUCUGCACACAAAACUGUGCUCCAGUACAUGUCCAAUAUCACCCCAUGGAGCCCCCGAGAACAGGAAUGUAACGGCACUAGGAACGCUACCCAAAUGACGUGCCAGGCCCCCGUGUUUCCAUUUGACAUGUCAGAAGACAGGUCAAACACUGGGCAGCUUUUCAUUCACAUGGACGGCUUGGACGUGUGGCACAGACGUUUUGACUACCACCCAGACGCCAAAGUCAUCCCGUUUGAAAGUGAAGACAACAUGUUGCUCCUUAAACCGGGAGAGACUGAAGUUUCGCUGCACCAUCACAAACUGAACAGAGUGAACUUAUGCAUGAAGAUAAUCAUGACAAUUGGGGGCAUGGACUGUAACGCCCAAGUUCUCUUGAAUGAGCUGACCUGCAGGAUUCCGAAGAGCCAAGUGAUCCCCAGCGAAGGAUUGCCUGUCAGGGUCUCUGUGAAUGGCGAACCUCACGAUGUGGGCAUUGUCCUCUAUGAGGACGACAAUCACGACUCGGUCAUCGCGGCCAUUGUGCUGGGUGUCAUCUUCGCCUCGGUGGCGGGCGCCGGAAUCGCCCUAGUUGUGAUGAUUCAUUUGAGGAGGAAGAAGCGAGCCAUCAUCGAGAGUCGUUUAAACACCAGGCUGUCGAUGAACCGUAUGGCCAGCCAUGCUGAAAUGUCGCCGACGGGCGACUAUAGGCAGGUCCGUCUGUCUGUGCUUGUUCUAGUAGAUUCCAGCCAAAUGUCCGCUUCGGGAGGAAUGGCCUUUCAAGGUCUGCUGUAUGGUGCCAGCUACGACCACCUCGCCGUUCCGCUGAUUCAGCGGAACAGCGUCUCAAUGAUCAGCCUCAGCUCGGACCUGCUCGACGAGGUCAAAGAUGUCCUCAUCCCUGCUGAGAUGCUCAGAAUUGAAGAUAGUCAGAGCAUUGGCAAAGGUCACUUUGGGACUGUGUAUCAUGGAUAUCUAAAGGACAGCAAUAAGCAAGAGAUCCACUGUGCUGUUAAAUCAUUGAAUCGGAUCACAGAUUUAAAGGAAGUGGACCAGUUUCUCAGAGAGGGAAUCAUUAUGAAGGGCUUCCACCAUCCCAACAUUCUGUCUCUGCUUGGCAUCAUGCUGCCCAAAGAAGGGCUGCCCCUGGUGGUGCUGCCUUACAUGAAGCACGGCGACGUGCGGCAUUUUAUCCGCUCGCCGGAGAGGAAUCCAACAGUAAAAGACCUCAUCGGAUUUGGACUGCAAGUUGCCAAGGGGAUGCAGUAUUUAGCACAGAAGAAAUUUGUGCAUAGAGACCUGGCUGCACGCAACUGCAUGCUUGAUGAGACCUUCACCGUGAAGGUGGCAGACUUCGGGAUGGCACGUGAUAUUUACGACAAGGAGUACUACAGUAUUCAAGACCACCAGAGGGCAAAGUUACCCGUCAAGUGGAUGGCCAUCGAAAGCUUGCAGACACAGAAGUUCACCACCAAGUCGGACGUGUGGUCCUAUGGCGUGUUGGUGUGGGAGCUGGUGACCAGAGGGGCCAGUCCAUACCCACAAGUGGACCCCUAUGACAUCACGCACUAUUUACUAAGGGGCCGUCGGCUACCUCAGCCACAGUAUUGCCCCAAUACUCUCUAUUCCAUCAUGCUGGCAUGUUGGGACCCGGAGCCUGAACGUAGACCGACGUUCCUCAGCUUGGUCGCAGAUGUGCAGCACAUCCUGUCCUGUCUCACUGGAGAGCACUACAUUAACCUGAAGGUCAACUACGUCAAUUUAGACCAAGCCAGGGCGUACCCCUCACUGACUGCAUCCGCGGAUGAGGCCGAGGGCUCGGAGUCAGACACAAGCGGCCAAGAUGGCAGCUGAGGACCACUAAAAAUGAUAAGAACACACGAUCCAGCUCUUCAGGAUUCCAAAGAGAGACUUACUGGAAAUUCUUUUAUUUAUCAUGUGUUGUCUGGAUUAGGAGACACUGUAUGUACUGCGUGACUAAGGCUGGAUUUACACUGUGUGGUUCAAGAGACACAAUUGCAAUUUUUUUGCUGGCACAUUUGGGAAAUGCGUCAUGGCAAUGUACUGUAAAUAAACAAAGUGGAUAAAAAUGUGGAUACGCACUGAUCAGAUACGCCCCGUAAAUACAAGUGCAGUGUAAAUGCACAGAUUGCCUAUACCCCGACGAAGCAAGCGCAGCAUCAACUUGCAGAUCGGAUACGCCCCGUCAAUGUGUGUUCAGCGUAAAGGCACAGUUCAAUACAAGUGUGGCAUAAAUGCACACACAAAAAAAACAUAGAACCUGAAAUAAUGAUGAUGGCGUCUUACAAAUUUACUUACUCAUUGUGGAAUCUGGUCCUGUUAAGUUAAGCUCCACUAACUAUAUUCCCGAAAGUAUUCGCUCCCCUGCCUUGGCUCACACAUUAAUUUAAGUGACAUCCCAUUCCUAAUCCAUAGGGUUCAACAUCAUUCCACCCUUUGCAACUAUAACAUCUUGAACUAUUCUGGGAAGGCUGUCCCACAAAGUUGGGAGCGUGGACUUUUCCAAAUUCUCUUGGUAUGCUGAAAGAUUCUGAGUUCCUUGCACUGGAACGAAGGGGCUGAGGCCAGCUCCUGAAAAACAACCCCACGCCAUAAUCCCCCUUCUACCAAAAAUUACACUUGGCACAAUGCAGUCAGACAAGUACCGUUCUCCUGGCAACCACCAAACCCAGACUCGUCCAUCAGAUUGCCAGAUGGACAAGCGUGAUUCGUCACUCCAGAAAACGGAUCUCCACUGCUCUGGAGUCCAGUGGAGGCGUGCUUUAUACCACUACAUCCGACGCUUUGCAUUGCACUCGGUGAUGUAUGGCUUGGAUGGAGCUGCGCAGCCAUGGAAACUCAUUCGAUGAAGGUCUCUGCGCACUGUUCUUGAGCUAAUCUGAAGGCCACAUGAAGUUUGGUGGCCUGUAGCGAUUGACUCAGCAGAAAGUUGGCAACCUCUUCGCAUUCUGUGCCUCAGCUUCCGCUGACCCUGCUCCGUCAGUUUACGUGGCCUACCACUUCGUGGCUUAGUUGCUGCCAUUCCCAAAUGUUUCUCCGUUCUUACAAUACAGCUGACAGUCGACUGUGGAAUAUUUAGGAGCGAGGAAAUUUCACGACUGGACCUGUUCUACAGGUAGCAUCCUAUCACAGUUCCACGCUAGAAUUCACUGAGUUCCUCACAAAUACGAGUGAAUACUUUUGGCAAUAUAGCGUCGUAUUCUGUUGUAUGAAUGACACCGGUUAAUUGUACCCUCUGCCAUCUAGUUUUUUUAGAUUUUCUCACAUUUAAUUGUUCCGUCUGUUACUAGCUCUCACUGGAAUAGAUAAAUGAACAAAGAUAGAGGAUUUGUCGUGAAUCAGUAAUAUUUGGACCAAUUGAUUGAAAUUAAAUUUAGAUUCUAAUCUAGAGCGAAAGCACAGACAAUGAGAUUUCUUUUAUUUGAAGCAAUGGGGGUGGGUGUCAGCCCAUGGCAAAUAAACACAAUAUGCUUAAUAUUUUCUGUUAUUAAUGUAUUAUUGUUUAAUUCCGCAUUGACUCUUGUGGAGUUAUACUUGCACGUGUAUGUAUCACUUGAAAUGUACAUGGAAAUAAAUAUGCACAAAUUGCAAUUGGGCGCUUGGACCUGCAGUAUACAGUAAAUCCAGCCUAUGAUUGGUGGGACACUGUGCGAGUUCCACAUCUUGUUACAACAAAUGACCUUAAGCAAAACAGAGCUUGAAAUAAAAAAUUUAAAAAGAAGAUGUGAAAUACAAGCAAGGCCAAAUGAAUGUAAACUUUAGUCUCCGGGUAGACUUAUUCAGUCAUGUAAAGUACAUCGGCAUUAAGCGAAUGCUAACUCAGGGGACAACUUUUGUGGAUGUAAUUCAUAAUUUCUCUGAAUAUGGAUCAUGUGAAAGCAGUGCACUUAUGCAUUACCAGGGGUUCUCAAACUGGGAUCCCGGGACCCCAGGUGUUUGCAAGCUGUAGCUUCGGGGUCCACAAAAUAAUUUGCAAUAAAUUAUGUGAUAUCAUUUUUUUUUUUUUUUAAACUGCAUACCUACAGUACAUAUGAGAACUGGCGCCAAAUAAAACAUACUAAUAAAAUAAUAAACUCCUCCCUGCAAUGAUAGUGACAUAAAUCUGAAAUACUCGAAAGAUUUUUUUUUUUAUAUUAUAAUUUUAGAACAAAAGGCAUAUUACAGGAAUAAAGGCAUAAUUACAGGAAUAAAGGCAUAAUGUUUUUAAGAACAAUAGUUGCAUUUUUUCUCCAAGAAUCUAGUCCUAUUUUUUUAGAGAACAAAAACAUCUUUUCCAGAAUUAAAGGCGUUGUAUCACAAUAGUAACGUUGCAUUUUUUUUAAUUCACUUGUUAAAAUAUGACUUUCUUCCCCAAUUAAACUUUAACUUUAAUAUCGUAUUAUUGUGACUUUAUCCUAGAAAAAUAUCUGACUUUAUUCUCAUAAGAGAAUAUUUCAUCCCGACAAUACAUCUUUGUUCUUUAGAUAAAUAUGACUUCCUGAUCAAAU